AUGGUCGAGAACGACCUCCCAAGUGCCCAGCAUGAUUCUAUAGAAACAAGAGGGUACCAACAAGAAAUGCUUGAGGAGAGCCUGCGUCGUAACAUAAUCAUAGCCAUGGAUACUGGUUCAGGAAAGACGCAUAUUGCCGUGCUUCGAAUAAAGCAUGAGGCGGAGCGCGAAACGAGGAAGCUCUCGUGGUUCCUUGCACCUACUGUUGCACUGUGUGAGCAACAAUGCAACGUUAUCAAAAGUGCUUUGCACGUCUCCGUUGGCCAGAUCACAGGGGCGCUAGCGCCCGACCAGUGGAAGGACGCUAGUCUUUGGAAAGCAGUGCUGAACACUCACCAGGUCAUGGUCUCGACCCCUCAGAUUCUUUUAGAUGCUCUGCGCCACGGCUAUAUCAUCAUGGGUGAUAUCGGCCUCAUUAUUUUUGAUGAAGCCCACCAUGCUGUGAACGAUGAUCCAUACAACCGAAUCAUGCAAGAAUUCUAUCACCCCUUGCCGGCAAGGGAUCCAAGUCUUGCCAAUGUUAUGAGUAGACAGAGUCGAGAACGCCCAAUGAUUAUGGGUCUUACCGCAAGUCCAAUUUUUGGUGGAAAUGUUGACAAAUCAUUCCGGAUAAUAGAAACAAAUCUGGACUGUAAAAUCGUGUCUCCUCGAGCCUCCCGCGCGGAGCUGAAAAAGUUUGUGCACCGACCUGCCUUCCGACAUGUCAUGUACAAUUCUACAGACUCAAUGAAUCUUCCCUUCUCCACCAACUUGGCUUCACUCGAAUCUGUCGUUGAACACCUUGAGAUUGACAACGACCCUUAUAUAAAAUCCCUUCGAAAUCAACUCUCCAGAUUAGACCCCCACACAGCAGAAUACCGUCGUAUCGACCAGCAACUCUCGAAAACCAUGGCAAGCCAAGGAACAUUCACGCAUAAAGGACUCCGAGACUUUGUUUCAUCCGCGCGAGAGAUCUUGAGGGAAGUGGGUGUCUGGGCAGCAGACUGGUAUGUUGCAGAAGUCCUCCAGCAGGCGAAGAAGGCAUCACAGUCGUCGGAGCAUGUCAUGCCCUCCUGGCAAAGCCAGGAGAAAGCAUAUUUGCUGGGUAUCAUCAACCAAAUUAUGAUCACACCUGUUUCUUACAAUACCGACGAUAUCAUCGAUGAUCAGUCUGACAAAGUCACAGCCCUUAUAGAGUGCCUUCUAGGCGAGAAGGAGGAUGCCGAGAAAGAGAACGAAAGAUUCAGCGGCUUAAUCUUUGUACAACGCCGGGACGUUGUACUUGCGUUGACAGAGUUGUUAAAGCAUCACCCAGUCACUAAAUCUGAGUUUGAAGUAGGUUCUCUGCUUGGGGCAUCCGAUAAUAGUCAACGGCAUGCAUUUCUAGACAUCACGCGAAAGUUUCUUAAACGAUCUCAGGACGAGACGCUCACGGACUUCAAACUAGGAGACAAAAAUCUUAUCAUCUCCACUGCUGUUGCAGAAGAAGGGAUUGACGUCCAGGCUUGUGGGUGUGUCAUUCGUUGGGAUCAUCCCCCCAACAUGGCUUCAUGGGCACAGAGCCGCGGUCGAGCUCGAAAAAAGCGCAGUACAUUCAUCAUGAUGUUCGAAACAGGAAGUGUGGAUCAAGGGAACGUGCUGAAAUGGGAGAAGCUGGAGGAAGAAAUGGUAGCUAGGUAUAUGGAUCCUUCGAGAGACCUAGCGAUGGAAGAGAAUGAGCAUGAUGCAGAUAACGAAGAUUUUCCUCCAUUUCGUGUGGAGUCAACGGGUGCAUUACUCACUCUCCAGUCGGCGAUACCACACCUCAAUCACUUUUGCGCCGUGAUGCCUCAUCGGGGCCACUUUGUAUAUCAACCAUUGUAUGAUCUAGACCCUCCAGAUUAUCCAAUUGGAUGGCAUUCCUUCAAUAACCACCACACAUCAAGCACCUACGCUGGUCCUUGGGCAUCAACUGUGACUCUCCCUCGAGUUCUACCUCAGGAUCUUCGAGUCUUUCGUACCCCGCAAAUUUAUACAACAAAGGUGUCUGCCCAUCGCCAUGCAGCAUUCGAAACCUACAAAGUUCUCUAUCAAAAAGGGCUUCUUAGUGAAAACCUCCUUCCGCUCGUUGAUGAGGACCCGGAGAUCGAGGAGCUCAAAAAAGCAAUCGAGAAACGUACUGGCAUGGCCAGUGUAUCCUUACAGAUGGAUCCUUGGGGCCCCGAUAUGCCUGAAGAAGAGCAAGGAGGCUGGUUCGUCUCCCGAUUGAUGGUCGGAAAUCUUCCUCCAAUACAGAUGUUGACUCGAAGGCGGCCUCCAUUAUUGACUUUGGCUGAUGAGCUGAAGUUGUAUCAUCCUUCCUUGCAAACAUUAGAUAUUCUAUUAGAGCCCUUGGGUAAGCUCGGCGCUUUAGAUGAUCGAAUCUUGGAAGUACGAGAAUACACCCGUAUGCUUUUCUGGAGUAUAAACGGGUCUCGCAUGAAAUGGGAUGACACGGAUUUCGCUUACUUGUUCUUUCAUCCUUCAGAAACCUCUUUUACUCAAUGGAAUGCUCGCCGAGCAUGGUGGAAGCACAAUCGGAUGGAUGUUGACGGUACGGCUUCAACGGUCCGUUCUCCAACUGAUUUCACAAUCCCCGCCCUCACAUUCGGCGAGAUAUUCCAUUAUCCAAGUGAUAUUGGAAUGGUGUACAACGGGUCCUCAUCGUUUAAAGCCUACGAGUUUGUGCAAUGGAAAUGGGAUUCCCUUAACGAGGAAGAAGAAGCCACCCUUUUGGAACGAUAUGCACGUUCUGAAGACGUUCAGAUACGGUACCCACUUCUCGAGGUUCGAUCCUUCCACCCGCGGACCAACUUCCUCUUACCCCGAUUUGGGCCUGCGCCAUCGCAACCAUCUUUCUUCCUCCUUCCUCAACACGCCAGCAUUCCACUACUCUCACAGGCAGAGACUAAUCACGCGUUUCUGUUACCAUCCGUCCUACGUGCACUUGCUCUUAAUUUAACAGUUGAUUCACUUCGAACAAAUCUCUUUACUCAGAGCUCUAUUUUGUCAACAAUUCCGAACUCUUUUCUAAUCACGGCGAUGUGUGCUCCCGUAUCUCAGGAACCUAAAAAUUACCAGAGAUACGAGACGCUGGGAGACACGGUCUUGAAAUUGGUUGUAGCCUUACAGUUGCUGGCCGAAUAUCCCCUCUGGCCAGAAGGCUACUUGACAAAACGAAAGGACCAUUCAGUGUCGAACGUCAUGCUAGCCAAAGAAAAUGUAAGCAGGGAGCUCUAUCAGUGGAUCAUCCGUGAUCGUUUAGUUGGGAAGAAGUGGAAGCCGCUAUAUCUCUCACAAACUGUUCCAUCGGAAAAACAGAUCUCAGAUGCUCCCGAGCAGGUUCAAAACAGUGAUACGCCGGAGUCAGCGAUGAUCAACACUUUGUUAAACCCUUCGAUGAAUGGCUCAACGGAAGAAAACGAGGACAAGAAGAAAAAGAAGAAAGGAAAGCAUUCACAACAACUUUCAACUAAAGUUCUCGCAGAUGUAGUUGAAUCUUUAAUUGGUGCUGCAUAUGUUCAUGGAGGCCUCUCCCUUGGAUAUGAAUGCGCCAGGUUCUUCAAAUUGAAUAUUGAGUCUUGGCUUCCUAUACCGGACCGCAUAAUCAGUGUCCUCAUGCGUGCAGACAUGAUGUACACAUCCUUCACCUCAACUUCACCAUCCGAAGAAAUUCAGUUUCCCCCGCAACUGUCCAAUGUGGAGAAAAUCAUAGGGUACACUUUUCUGAGGCCUACACUCCUCUUGGAGGCUCUGACUCAUCCGUCAUGUCAAGAGGAUCAUGGUACAAUUUCCUAUGAGCGCAUGGAGUUCCUUGGUGACGCAGUUCUGGACAUGAUUGUCACCGAUUAUUUGUUCUACGCUACUGGAAAGAACGGGAAAGCCAAAGAAUACUCCCCGGGGCACAUGUUUUUGCGGAAGAGUGCAACAGUCAACGCACAUAUUUUGGCCUUCGUGUGUUUGAAAUCGAAGCUGGAAGUGAAAGCACAGAUGCCGAAGGCUUAUGCAUUGAAUGAUAAUGCAGAGGAUAAGGAGGGUACUAGCAGCAAGAAAAAACGGUACAGGGGUGAACAGAAAAUUGUUCUAGAGGAAGAGCAACACACGGUCCAUCUAUUCAAAUGUCUUCUCCACUCCAGUACUCGUAUCCUCGAUGACCAAGAUCUUACCUACAAACGCUUUCUGAAAUUUGAGGCUGAAAUUAUUCGGGAGCUAGAAAAGAAUGAACGACCUAUCUUUCCUUGGGCUGCAUUGACCCGGAUCCAAGCACCCAAAUUCUUCAGCGAUAUGAUCGAGAGCAUCCUCGGCGCGGUCUAUCUCGACUCUGAAGGCAACAUGGACGUUGUGCGGGAGGUGAUGCUUAGCUUGGGUCUAUAUCAAAUCCUCGAGCGCAUAGUGAAGGAGGAUCUUGAUGUUCUUCAUCCUGUAUCGAGGUUGUCAAUGUGGGCUGCGACACAAACGGUAACUGAUCCGGAUGCGGACCCGGAAGCAAUUCACAAGAAGAUCAAAUAUGAUUUCAAGAAGGAGAGAGGGAGAAUAAGUUGUGCUGUGCUGGUAGAUGGCAUCGAAUUGGAAGGAUCUAUGGUAGAUGAUGUAUAUGGAGGCAAGGCGACCCAGGAAGAGGUAAGGCUCGCAGCUGCAGAGAAAGCAAUUCAGAUACUGAGGUUGAGAGAUGUUGGAGUUGAGUAUGAGUCACUGAAGAAGAAACGGAAGCCGAAGCCGAAGAAACAGAAGGAAGGUAAAACAAGUAACAAAGCACCAGAAAUUGACGAUGUAUAG